AUGGCCCCCGCAAAAAGUGCCCAGGGGUGGGAGGGUCAAGGCGAACUGAUUAAGGAGAAAAAGGAAACACAGCAAUUGUCGAGAUGCAAUCGAGAUGGAGACGAAGAGAGCAUGGAUCGCCCACCGUUGAUAGAAAUCACAACAAGUGCCAGUCAGGUGGGAGAUAUGAUUAAUCUUACAGGAAUUAUAUAA